AUGGCCCGGGAUUUCAUGGCAGUUCUGGUGAUUGACUGCACGUACAAGACCAAUCGCUUUAACAUGCCUCUUUUAAACGCCAUUAUCCUUACCGGAAUGAACACAAUUCUGCCGUUUGCACAAGUUUGGCUGCCUGGCGAGGCUGAACCAGAUUUUGAGUGGGCCUUCGUGCAGCUCAAGACCUAA